GAAAACUAAAAUGACGUCCCUGGCAAAACAACUACAGCAACUGCAAAUACCGGGCAGUUUGCCUUCAACAGCCACUGCUAAAGCCAGCAAAAAAUCAUCUCUGCUAUUUGAUUCGAAAGAGGCAGCUGACAUAGACAACGAAACUGUGUUCUCUAUCGGUUUAAAUGGCUUGGAAGAAUUGAAAGUUAUCGAGCCUGCCUUUAAGAUGUUUGAAAAGUCGCUUUUUGGCGACAAUUCGAUGUCUUUGGAGAGAUCAUUACAGACAAAAGAUGUGAACGAAAAGCUCGAUAAGCAUAUUUCAAAGUUUCUGCAAUAUUUAUCGCCAUACUUCUUGCUAAAGCCAGCUCAUAAGGUUUUGGAAUGGCUUAUCCGAAGAUUCCAAAUCCACGUGCACAAUGUUGAUAGUUUGGUCACUUGUAUUUUGCCUUACCACGAAACAAACUUGUUCACGCGUGUGUUGCAGCUACUUUCCAUAAAAGAUCCUUCCUCAAAAUGGAACUGGCUCAGUCCGAUUAAAAAAGCUGGAGUUCCCCUUUCUAAGACAGCUUUCUUACAACACUGCAUCACUGAUACAGCCUUCUUCUCUCUCAUUUGUGACAUGGUAAUGGAAGGUAUAAAGUUGGAAAUCCCUCCGUCAAGCUCAAGAGUUUUGUUUACAUUUUAUACCUCAACUGUUGUUGGAGUCUUGGAUAUGAUGCCAAGUGUGACAGAGAAAUUUAUGACUCUAUUAUUGCCUCAUUUACUGGCUUGUAUUAAGUCUGGGCUCUCAGAGCUGAUAGCAUCGUCAUACAUUAUUACAGCUCAGUUGUGUUUUAGAUGCAGUAUGGAGAAGGAAUUGGUGAAAUCCCUUUCUGACAGCAUAUGUAAGAGCAUUAAACCCGGAUUUGCCACUGAAGGUUUGUCUUGUCUUACCUACAUUUGUCAAUCACAGGGGUUAAAGAAAUUAUCAAAGAGGUCUUUUAAAGCACUUCUGAAGCUUCCAAGACUGGUAGAUAUUCUUCACAAUCUGUCUGUGACUCAUAGCAUUAAUCCAUUACUUGAAGCAUUUGUCCCACAACUUGUAUCCAAUGGAAUAAAACAGGAGUUAUCAGAGGAGAGUGACACAAGAGCCCUGUUAGAGAUUGUCUGGGAAUUACUUAGAGAGGUUGAUUUUGAACCAGCACUGGUCACAGUGAUUGGCAGAACACUUCUUGAGGAGUACUGUGAUGCCAGGAAAGCAUUGGGUGCAGACGAGGGUAGAAUUGGAAACUUGAAUGAAAAAGUGAAAGAUUUGGUGCAGGCCUUGGAAAAAAGAUAUCCUACUGAACUAGAGAGAGCUGUCGAGGCACAUCUUCAGGCACUCAAGAACACAGAGGACAUGACUGAGGGGGAUGCUGGCAUUGUUUCAGAGGAAGGUUCCCUCUGGACAAUGGAUCUGGUGUCCUUAGCACUCACAGGAGUAAAAUCACAGGUUAUUCCUGAUUCAAACACAACACUAGUUUUGAGUCUUCAUCAUCCUCAAGCCCAAGUGCGAGAAAUGGCAAUCAAACGUCUAGGAGAACUAUUAGCAGAUAAAGGGGGCUUGUCUGAAGACAAACAGUUCAUUAGCGAUUCAUUACUUUCACGACUUCAAGAUGAUGAUCCAUCUGUGGUGGCUUGUGUGCUUAAGUUGGGACAGGGGCUUGUAGAUAAUCUUCCCAUCAAUCAGUUUUUGAAAGAAAUGUUUAAACUUCUGGACAAGAAAUCAGAGGAGUGGGACAAGGUCCGAGAGGAAGCCACUCUAUUGUUAGUUGGUGACUGGGUAACCUGUGCUGUACCAUCACUUGUAGCAGAAGUUAUGUUUGGUUUAUUGCCUCGUCUACUGCUUCAUCGUCAGUCUCACAAAAUGGCAGUUCAGUUGUCAUUAAUUGUCAGCCAAUCAGAGCUGGCUUCACUGCAUCCUCUUUUGACUGGAAUGGAAGAUUUUGUUCAAAAGAAAGAGUGGAAAAGUUGUACGAAGAUUGUUGACCUUGAUAAGCUUGCCAUGGCCAGCAGCUUACUGAUCAGUUGGCUUGGAGAUAACCUGGUUAAGUUAGAUGAAGAACAAUGUGUGGAGAUGGUUCAGAGUAUGAUAGGGUAUGCCAAAAGUCUUUCAGAUGAAAGUCUUUUCUACCCACUCCUGAAUUGUCUGCUCAGUAGGGUCAUUGCUACAGCAACAGAGGAGUGUAAAAUGAAGUUUUGCCAAAUCAUCACAGAAUAUAUCUUACCCGAUAUUUGGAAAGUGACAAGAUUGCCAGGAAACUAUGAGCCACUCAAGGAUGAAGAGUCAGGAAACAAAGACACAAAUCCAGGGCAUGUGGUUCCAUUUUCUCAACUAAAAUGUUUGGUGAAAUUUCUUGGUAAACACAGCAAUAAGCGGCUGAAUCAUGCCAAAGGUGCCAUUACACUGUGGCUGUGUAAGAUGUUGAUAAAGAACAUCCCUACUGUGCCUUGUGCUUUAAGUGGACAGUGGUGGCCAGAGGCAGAUGGUAAUAACCCAGAAGGCAUUUAUACUAAGCUUCUGACAAUGCUGUUUGAGGCUGUAGCAUUUGGAAGUGGCACUUCAACAGCACAUCAAGAUUUAUUCAAAGAAUUACUUCAAGAUCUCUUCCAGUGCCAUCUACCAGAAAAACUAGUCCUACUAAAGUUUCUAGGACAUUUAUGGUGUAAAAAUCUCCACCAGGGAGGGGAGAGUGGAUUAGCUCUUCUGCAAGUUCAGUGUCUUCACAUCGCUACUGCAUGCUUUGGCUCCAUUAGCGGGAAAGCGGUGAAGGAACUGGCCAAGACAACAUGUUCAGUUGUACCUUCUCUUAUGGUGCCGCUGUGCAGCCCAGUCUCUGCUGUAAGAAAGUCGGCUGUUGCUUGUAUAAAGAUUAUCAAGUCCAAACUAUCUUCUGUCCAAGCCUGUCCAGUGACGGCACUUCUUGAUGUCUUGAAGGACAGUGCUGAAGAACUUUCUGCAGAUUCCGAGCAGUUACAUAGGGUUCUUGGUGAGUUCUUUGCACCAGCGGUAUCCCGCGGAAAGCCUCACUCCAAGUCAUCGCACAAUAAGAUCAUUAAGAACACGCUGGACUUCUUGUUACAACAUGUAGCAUCCAGUGAAACGUCUUCCUUUGUUAGACGUACCAUACUGUCAUCGUUACGCAGUGUUACUACUCAGGAGAUGCUUCAGACCCUGUUGCCGCUCGUGGAAAAACUAUUAGACAAGUGCGAGGAUAGCAAAGCCCUCUUACAUGAAGAUGAGAGCAUUCUGCUACAACUGAUUUUACAAAAGUACACCCCGGACGCUGCUGCACUGCUGCAGGAGGAAUCCAAAUGUUGGAAAGAGAUGUUGAGGGUGCUCUACCUGAGAUCUGCGGUCUGCCCUGGACAUCCAGCACCAAUGUUGACUAUGAUUGGCCAGAUUACAAAUAGAUUUUUCCAAGCAAUCCCAGCAGAAGGAGUAAAGCAGCAUCUGAUGAAGAUUUUUGUGGACACGAUGCUUGAAGCAAAGGAUGUUGUUAUAGGAAAUGCUGCCAAGAAUUCUCUGUUGAAGCUUACUCUGACAGCAGAUCUGAUUACUGAAGAGCUAUGUAAGCUGAAUUCCAAUACUGAUAAAGAACCAAAGAAGAAGAAAGUGAAGAAGGCGCGAAAGGGUGAGCAAGAUGACGAGAACGAAGGAGCAGUGCAGCUACAAAGAGUGACAGUUGUUCUUGAAUUGUUACAGAGUAAGAUUAACAUUGAAGAACCACAUCGACUUCUACCAACCUUGUUUGGGACCCUGACCAGGUGUGUAGAACUCGAUCACAGUCAAACAGCUUCAGAGUACAUUAUGCAGCUGGUAUUUUCUCUCAUCAACAACAUCUGUCAAAAACUAUCUCCAAACAGCAUCGCGUCUAUUGCAGAUCUUGUUCCCGAAGACCAGUUUGACGUGGAGUUGAUAGUCCAGUGCAUAAGGUCAUCAGAGAAUCCGCGCACUCAUACCCAGGCUUUACUCCUGCUUGCAACCUCAGCCAAGCUUUUUCCGGAAAAAGUUUUGCACAAUGUGAUGUCGAUAUUCACUUUCAUGGGCGCGAGUGUCGUUCGCCAGGAUGAUAGUUACAGUUUUGAAGUCAUCACUAAAACACUGGACACAGUGAUUCCUGCGUUGAUUCAGGCGGGUGAGAAGCAGCAGUUACCACAGCUGACCAAAAAGGACUCGGCGUCUCUAGAUGACAUUGUGGCGAUGCUUAUCAGAGUGUUUGUGGAUGCCUCGCCUCACAUUCCAGAGCACCGCCAGCUUCCCUUGUUUGCUCAUCUCAUCGGCACUGUUGGUUCAACACAGUUCCUUCACACAGUGAUCAUUCUCUUACUGGAGAAGCAUGUUGUGCACGCUCCAAACACGUCUGAUGAUAAACAGACCUCUGUUGCCAAAAAGCCUCUCGGAGCAGACUUUUGUCUCAGUCUCUGCCAUUGCUUCCACGUUAAUGUUCAGGUAGAGGCCAUGCUGAAACUCCUGCAGUUCAUUGAUCAGUUGCCGUUGGAAAAACCUGAAGUUCGUCUAAAGCCCAGGAUGGCUAGAAAAAGUGCCCGUAUAUUCCUCGCUGUUACGCCUCUGUUUGAUGUGGACACUCACUCAGCGAAACACCUCAGGCAAUUCAAAUACACAUCAAUCAGUGUUAUUUCUUCCUUGCUCGACAGUGACGAGUUUGUAAACAAGGUCCAUGUUGAGGAAGAAAUGUUGGAUUCUCUCUUUCUAAGACUGUUACAGGAUACAUUAAACUUCAUGACUAAAACGGCGCAACAUGGUGAUCAGGCAGCUACUGAUGUGACUGGAAAGUUUUGGAAAGCUUUGCUGCAUAAAACUUAUGAAAUUAUAGACAAGGUAAAUCUCCUUUUACCUGCCUCGGUAUUUUUCGAUGUCAUUGAAAAACUUCUCCAUAGCAGCAAUGGAACAGUGAAGCGUAAAGCUAUGGAGCUACUGAACUGCAAACUAAGCAAUAACGUUGGAGUUCAUUCUGACGAGCAGAUUAAGGCGUUACUGAACUUAGUAACCGAACUCCUCGCCAUAUCGGGAGGUACUGGGGAGAGUGAGGUGUCCGUCAUUAACAGGCAGACAGCUUUGUACAGCUUGAAGCUUCUCACUCGAUUGCUGGCCAAGGAACACCCUGACGAAUUUAAAGAGGUGAUGACUGUGGCAAUUGAUGUGUUUUCUUGCAAAGAUUCCAACCCUCAGGUUGCUUCAAGCGCAUUGCUCUGUGCAGCAGAAGUGCUCGGUGGACUUAAAACGCACUGCAUUCCCUUCUUGCCAAAGCUGAUGCCUUCUGUACUGAAACUGCUCAAAAGAAAUCAAAAAGAGAGGAACAGCCUGUUGACUCUGUGUGGUAUAACAGCUUUGUACAAAGCCACAGAAGCACUUCCACAUUUUCUUAGUCCUCAUUUAGUGGAUAUUCUGAUUAUGGUGACGCAACCAUCUCUUACUGGAGGAGAGGUUACAGAGGUCCAGCAAGAAAAGGAAGAGGUUACAAAGCAGUCGACUGUGGAUGUACAGUUAAAGGAUCGUAUAGUCUUGCUCAGGAAAGAACUGGCUUGUAAUAUUGCACCCCGAGUGCUGAUAUCGGCAGUGUCUGAUUGCUACAACAGUAUUGUCAACAAACACAAGGAACGUGUUUUUGUGCUUAUGGAUGUCCUGGCAGAAUGUGUGAAAGCCAUGAAAAAGGAGGAUAUUAAAACCUACCAUUCCAAUCUCUUUACGCUGUUCUUAGAAGCGUUGGAUUUCAGAACUCACCACAACCAGGAGGACGACGAUGAUCUCGUGGACAAAACAGAGCGUAGUGUGAUCGAGGCAUUUUUGUGUCUCGUGAUCAAGAUGUCCGAGGCUUCUUUUAGACCGACGUUUUUAAGGUUGAUAGAUUGGGCGACCAGGCCUUCGUCCAGUAAGGAGCGGUUGAUUAUUUUCUAUCGUCUUUGCGACAGCGUGGCUAAUAAACUGAAAGGAUUGUUUGUGCUGUUUGCGGGUUACAUUAUGAAGAACUGUGCUUCUUUGCUGGAUGCCGCAAACAUCUCCAAAACUGAAGAGAACAUUUUCCCGGACGAGUCUCCAAACAGAAACAUGCAUAAAACUUGCCUCUUGUUGAACUACAUGUUGGAUUGUUUGCACACAUGCUUCAUGUAUGACACACACGGAUUCUUGGACAGCGAUCGUUUCCAGUGUUUGAUGCAGCCUCUUGUAGACCAGAUUGAAAACCUGUUGGGAGGAGAAGAUACCUUCAGAGAGAGGCUUACGAACCACUUAGCCCAAUGCCUCGCGCAGUUUGCCGUAGCCUCCGGGAGUGAUGCGCAGUGGAAACCGCUGAACUAUCAAGUAUUACUGAAGACUCGACACAGCUCUGCAACAGUUCGCUUUGCAGCCCUCAAAGUUCUAGAGGGAUUCCACACAAGACUCGGAGAGGAGUUUAUGGUGCUUUUACCAGAGUCAAUUCCAUUCUUAGCAGAGCUUAUGGAAGAUGAAUGCUUUGAGGUGGAACAACAAUGUCAGCACCUCAUCUCGGAAAUUGAGCAAGUCUUGGGAGAGCCAUUACAAAAAUAUUUUUAAGAGAUAUGACGAGACACUGUUCCAUACUGGGGAAACCUGCCCAGCACUGGCGAAUAUUGCUCUACACUAGCGAACACCGCUCAACACCGGCGAACACUGCCCCACACUGAUGAAGUUGCCCUAUGGACAUGAACUUGGUUCAGCCUAUUGAAAAUUGAUUUCCUCUCUAGUGGGAAUAAAUAUAACCAUAAUCCUUA